AUGCAAGCAUUGGUCUUUUGGAGCAUUCUGGAGCAUAUGGGACAUGAGGAGCAUGGAGGGACUUGGCACAUGGAAGCAGCUCAACUGGAUACGCAAAGGAAGAAGGGAGAAGCCAUCUUGAAGACCAGCUCGACCGUCCUACUCGACCAACCGGUCGAGUUCCUCAACUCGACCGGCCAAGCUUCAACUCGAUCGAGCUGA